AUGGGCUCCGUUCCCGUUGAUCAAAAAGCCACAUCUGGUGCAUCUGCCGGUGCCAGGUUGAGACAAAUUCUAGAGCGUGAUGAGAUUCUCAUUGCUCCCGGCGUGUAUGAGGGCUACAGCGCCCGUAUCGCCCACGAAGUCGGCUUCGACUGCAUCUACAUGACGGGAGCUGGGACAUGCGCCUCCAAACUCGGGCAGCCUGACCUCGGCUUCGCAUCUCUCAACGACAUGCGCGAACACGCAGAAAUGAUUGCGAACCUCAACCCGUCAGUGCCUCUUAUAGCGGAUGCCGACACAGGAUACGGCGGCCCAAAUAUGGUCGCACGUACCAUCGCACAAUACCAUCGCUCAGGCAUCGCUGGCCUUCACAUCGAAGACCAAGUCCAAACCAAGCGCUGUGGGCAUCUAGGCGGCAAGGCGGUAGUUGACAUUGAAACGUUCCGACAACGUAUCGCAGCUGCUGCGUACGAGAAGAAGCGCCUAAGCUCAGACAUCGUCAUCAUUGCAAGGACCGACGCACUCCAAACCCAUGGCUUCGAUGAGGCUGUACACAGGCUCAAGGUUGCCGCUUCAGCGGGAGCCGAUGUCGGAUUUCUGGAAGGAGUUACAACAGCCGAGGAAGCAAGAGAGGUCUGUAAAAGGAUGGCGCCUACUCCUAUGCUACUCAAUAUGGUGGAACAUGGUGCCACACCGUCAUGGACCCCGGCUGAAGCCCAAGAGCUCGGCUUCAAAGUCAUCAUCUACCCAUUCGCGUCCAUCGCUCCGGCAUACCAGGCAAUCAAGGAUGUCUUUGUGAAAAUCAAGAAAACCGGAAACACAGGACUGGAGAAGGAGUUCACCCCGAAGAAACUAUUUACCAUCGUCGGAUUGGAGGAAGCUAUGGCUGUCGAUACGGCAGCGGGUGGAAACUUUUACAACAAGGUGUAG